AUGUCGUCAUUGGUGGCUGAUUUGAAACAUACCCAAGAGUUCCUCGAGGGACAGCGAAAGCUUUUGGCGCCUGAUCAGUUCCGGGUGAUCGUCGGUAAGCAGAGUUCUACUUGGUGCUCUCGCUUUAGGUCUUCAAAGCUCUCACCUUCAGAUUGCGCCACUGUUACUGGCAUCCUUGCAUCAGGGCCAUGGAAUGAAGAACAGAAGGGUGCGUUGGGCAACGCGCUUUCCGAGAGCGUGAUGGGUACUGAAGGACCUGCUCCGCGUCGACCUGCGCAGGAGCUUAAGAGCUUUCCAUGCUAUAUCACUCCCAACGAUGCCAAGGUCCUGAGAUCCGAUGCGCAUAACAUGGUGAAGUUGAGCUGCGUCGUGGAUCGCUGCGUCAACUUGUCCUUGCACCUUCCCAACACCGCCACAGUGAAGCACAUCGUUGGGUGCAUGGUGGAAGGUGGUGUCGUGGCAGCGUCUCCCAAUGCCCAGUAUAAUCUGUUGAAGGAGUUCAAGUCCCAACUCAAAGCGAAGAUCAAGCACCAGCCAAAGAGCAGCGUGCACUUGGAACAUUUCCCAGCAAGUCCAGACGAUCUUCCGGAUGAGCUGUGGAAACAGGCAUACGGAGAAAGCCCAGAAGAAGAUGAUAAACCUAUGGGGGCUGCAGCACUUGCAGCAGGCUUUGAGGGAUUGGGGCACAAGAUUCCUGUACGAAAGACGAACUCCCAAGUUCGAGACCAAAGCGCGACGGGCACCAUGAACAUGAAUAUGGAGAAUUGGCAGCAGAUGAUGACGCAGUGCAUGGCCAUGAUGCGAGGGCAGCUGCAGACGCAGGACACGCCUGCAGGCUUUCAAAUCUUUGACAACCGGAGGAAAAGACAAAAGAUGCUGACUGGAGGGGAGAGUCCCGCGGAGGCUGCACCUUCAGGGGCACAUGCGAGCACGCGGUUGGCCCUUCCAGCUCCAGCUGCACCAUCCAAGCCAGAAAUUGCCCUUCCAGCUGCGCCGUCCAAGCCAGAAAUGGCCCUUCCAGCUGCACCGUCCAAGCCAGAAAUGGCCAUUCCAGCAGCUGCGCCCUCAGUUCAGGCCAUUCCAGCAGCUGCAGCUGAA